AAAGUAACGAGCUCUUCGUCUCUUGGUUUCAUCCAACAUGACAAUGUUAACCGUUACCAUGCCGCCAUCGAUAGCGACGACGGCUGGAAGCGCCGUGGAACUGACAUUUACCUCAACCUCAAGUUCCAUCCUUGAUUUCCGAGUCGACGUGCAUUCACUGGUGUACAACAGUUCUCACUCCAAGGUGUACCGCGCAAAUGCAGCAGGCGCGAAUAUCGUUCUCAAAAUUUCCACCAACCAACAGUCUUUCGAGGAUCUCACCCGCGAAGCUGACGCCUACCAAGACCUUCUCGCUCCUGCACAAGGCUCUUUCAUACCUCGCUUUCUAGGGUACUACAAGAACGAUUGCCAGGGCUGUUUGAUCUUGGAAGACUGUGGAAACCCAGCAGCAUAUCUCUAUUUUUUAGAACUUUCUCGAGAGGAGCGAAAAUUCUUCACGUCCUCGUAGAAUUCCAUCGUCUAACGCAUUAUUAUCCCGCCGAUUUUUCUGAACGAAAUGUUGUUUCUCUCGACGGAGAAUAUAAGCUCAUCGACUUUCACGACCUCAUCAAACACGAAUGCUGUCCUGGGACCGUGGCCCAGAUGGAAUGGCCCGCAGACUUGGUAUGCACCUAUCUUUCGGUUGCUA